GUUUCACAUCCUCUUUGCUUGCAGCUCUAGAUAUCCUUGAGCCCAGGUUCCUGUGUCCCCUGCCGACCCCUGCAGCUCAGCCAUGAGUGCUGAGGUGAAUUUGACGGGACAGAACCAGAAACAGUUUUUGCUGCUCGCCAAGUCGGCUAAGGGUGCUGUGCUGGCCACACUCAUCCACCAGGUGUUGGAGGCCCCCGGUGUCUAUGUGUUUGGGGAACUGCUGGGUAUGCCUAAUGCCAGAGAGCUCACAGACACCGACUUCGCCUCCACCUUCCGGCUGCUCACGGUGUUCACCUACGGGACCUAUGCUGACUAUUUAGCUGAAGCCUGCAACCUGCCCCCACUCACGGAGGCACAGAAGAAUAAGCUUCGACACUUCUCAGUGGUCAGCCUGGCUGCUAAAGUCAAGUGCAUCCCAUACACAGUGCUGCUCGAAGCCCUGGCCCUGCGCAACGUGCAGCAGCUGGAAGACCUGGUGAUUGAGGCCAUGUAUGCCGACGUGCUUCGCAGCUCCCUGGAGCAGAACAACCAGCGCCUGGAGGUAGAUUACAGCAUCGGGCGGGACAUCCAACGCCAGGGCCUCAGUGCCAUUGCCCGGACCCUGCAGGAGUGUUGUGCGGGCUGUGAGGAUGUGCUGUCAGGCAUCGGGGAGCAAGUGAGCCUGGCAAACCAGCACAAGGAGCAGCAGCUGGGCCUCAAGCAGCAGACUGAGAGUGAGGUUGCCAACCUUAAGAAAACCAUUAAAGUCACCACCACGGCGGCAGCAGCCUCAGCAACCUCCCAAGACGCUGAGCAGCACCUGACGGAGCUGAGGGAGCCAGCUGCGGGCACCAAUCAGUGCCAGCCCAGCAAAAAGGCCUCCAAGGGCAAAGGGCUCCAAGGGAGUGCCAAAAUUUGGUCCAAGUCAAACUGAAGGGACUGUCAUUUCUUGCCUGGGACUAUGGGGUCCCAGCUGCCUGCCUGCCCUUAGGAGUUCUGAGAGAGCUUUCCUGUGCCCCUGGCCAGCUGAUAAUCUUCAGGUCAUGAACUUUCACCCCCACAACGCACCAGCCCCCAAGCCGAAGCAUAGAUCGCACCUUCUCUGGGAAGGAGGCAAGUACAGGUCACAUGUUCAUAGGUACUUUGGUUUUACAUGACUUUUCUAAUGUGUCACCUUGUUGCCUUCCCCGUUGUGCUGUGUUAAAGACAGCACGCAUUCCUUCCUGUCCCUAGCAUGGGAGCAGCUCUGCUGGGGUUUGCUCUGCUUCCAGCAUAGCCCGCAGGUGCUCCUUCUGUGCCCUGUAGCUGCGUGCCUGCCAUCACCCCCCUCAAUCUGCUUGCUACCCCUUUGUGUGGAU